GCACUGGAUCCCUCACUGUAUUACGUCGGACCAACUCACGGAAGGCAGGAAGCGGCAGCAGCCAUACCAGCAGCCUCAGUAUUGACAGCAUUGACAGCUACGCCAGUGCUGACCUAGGCACUGACAAACUACCUCCUGCAGACACUUCAGAAGCUCUUCAUGCCUGUUCUCUCAGACUACGAAACCUGGUACGGCGAUUGGAGAAGGAUGAACUCAACAAAGAUGACAUGAAAAAGAACCUUGAGUAUGCAGCCAGCGUGUUGGAAACUGUUUACGUUGACGAAACCAG